GCAGCCUUCUGGAGGCAUGGGGUUGAGCGCGGGGCGCGCUGCCUCAUGCCGUGGUCCAGGGGUUUCUGCUGUGCCCGGCCGGUGCGUGGCAGUUCUGGUGGUUCUGCUGGUGGGGAUCUGGGACGCUAAUGCACAAAGUGAAUUUGCAACUUCGUCCGUGUAUUUGUGGAAGACCGGUCCGUGGGGGAGAUGCAUGGGAGACGAGUGCGGCCCGGGUGGCAUCCAGACGCGAGCGGUGUGGUGCGCCCACGCAGAGGGCUGGACGACCCUGCCCACGAACUGCAAGCAGCUGGAGAGGCCGGACAACCAGCAGCACUGCUUCCGCGUGUGCGACUGGCACAAGGAGCUCUAUGACUGGCAGCUGGGUGGCUGGAAUCAGUGCCAGCCCGUCCUGGCGAGGGGACACGAGAAACCCGCCGAGUGCCUCAAAGGAGAGGAAGGGAUCCAGGUGCGGGACGUAACCUGCAUUCAGAAAGCCAACGGCGUCCCGGCCGAGGAUGUCAUAUGUGAGUACUUUGAGCCCAAGCCUCGCCAGGAGCAGGCGUGCCUCAUCCCCUGCCGGCAGGACUGCAUCGUGGCCGAAUUCGCCCCGUGGUCGGAGUGCUCCAAGACCUGCGGCAGUGGGCUGCAGCACCGAACCCGCCACGUCGUGGCUCCUCCGCAGUACGGUGGCUCUGCCUGUCCCAACCUGACUGAAUUUCAGAUCUGCCAGUCUAGCCCUUGCGCUACGGAAGAGAGCAUGUACAGCCUAAACGUGGGACCCUGGAGUGCCUGCUCCGUGCCCCAUUCGCGACAGAUAAGGCAAGCGAGGAAACGGGGGAAGAACAAAGACAAGGAAAAGGACAGAGAAAAAGCAGUACGGGAUCCUGAGGCUCGUGAGUUAAUUAAGAAGAAGAGGAAUCGAAACAGGCAAAACAGACAGGAGAACAAAUAUUGGGACAUACAAAUUGGGUAUCAAACCAGACAGGUUACGUGUACUCACAGAAAUGGGAAAACCGCUGCUUUGAGCUUUUGCAAACAAGACAAGUUGCCAAUUACUUUCCAGUCCUGCGUGAUCACUAAGGAGUGUCAGGUGUCCGAAUGGUCUGAAUGGACCCCGUGCUCCAAAACUUGUUUUGACAUGACAACCCCUAAAGGGAAUCGUACAAGGACACGGACCAUUAAACAGCUUCCUAUUGGCAGUGAAAGUGAAUGCCCAGAAUUAGAAGAAACGGAACAAUGCGUUUCUCAAGGAGAUGGUGUGGCACCGUGUAUUAUGUAUGGUUGGAGAACCACAGAAUGGACAGACUGCCGUGUUGAUCCUUUGCUUAGCCAGCAGGACAAAAGGCGAGGAAAUCAGACAGCGCUGUGCGGAGGUGGCAUUCAAACCCGGGAAAUGUACUGCGUGCAAGCUAAUGACAAUCUCCUCUCCUAUUUAAAUACCCUCAAGGAAAAAGAAGCUUCUCGGCCCGUGGACCGUAAGCUGUGCACGGGACCUCUGCCCAGCACCAGCCAGCUGUGCCACAUCCCCUGCCCCAUAGAGUGCGAGACCUCAGCGUGGUCAGCCUGGGGACCGUGCACCUAUGAAAGCUGUGAUGACCCACAGGCCAAGAAGGGUUUCAAACUAAGAAAACGGCGCAUCACGAAUGAGCCUACUGGAGGAACCGGCAACUGCCCUCACCUGCUUGAAGCCAUCCCGUGCGAGGAGCCCUCCUGCUACGAGUGGAGAAUCGUGGGCUUAGAGGAGUGCGUUCCCGACAACGAGAAGCCGUGCGGGCCCGGGACUCAAGUUCCUGCUGUCGUCUGUGUCAACAGUGAUGGAGAAGAGGUUGACAGACAGCUGUGUAGAGACGCUAUCUAUCCAGUCCCUGUUGUCUGUGAAGCUGCAUGCCCAAAGGACUGCGUGCUCAGCAUGUGGUCCGGAUGGUCCUCCUGCUCACACACCUGCUCCGGCAAAACCACAGAAGGAAAGCAGAUGCGUGCCCGCUCUAUUCUGGCAUAUGCAGGUGAAGGAGGAAUUCAGUGCCCAAAUAGUAGUGCACUACAGGAAACACGCAGCUGUAACGAACACUCUUGCACUGUGUAUCAUUGGCAGACUGGACCAUGGGGACAGUGUAUAGAGGAUGCUUCUGUGUCUGCUUUCAACUCAUCUACCAGCUGGAACGGGGAGGCCACCUGUGCUGUCGGGAUGCAGACAAGAAAAGUAAUCUGUGUGAGAGUCAACGUGGGACAAGUGGGCCCAAAAAAAUGCCCGGAGAGUCUUCGACCAGAAACAGUGAGGCCAUGUCUGCUUCCCUGUAGGAAAGACUGUAUUGUCACUCCAUUCAGUGACUGGACAUUGUGCCCUUCUUCGUGUCAAGAAGGGGAUGUCGCAGUAAAGAAGCAGUCCCGACAUCGAGUCAUUAUCCAGCUCCCUGCCAACGGAGGUCGUGAAUGCCCAGAUGCUUUAUUUGAGGAAAAGGAAUGUGAAGCACCUCCCAUCUGCUAUAACUACAGAUGGAAGACCCACAAAUGGCGCAGGUGCCAGCUGGUACCAUGGUAUGUGCGCCAAGACAGUCCAGGAGCACAUGAGACUUGUGGACCUGGGCUACAAGCAAGAGCAAUUACUUGUCGUAGACAAGAUGGAGGGCAGGCUGACAUCAGCGAGUGCCUUAAACAUGCUGGCCCAUUACCGUCCUUAACACAGACGUGCCAGAUUCCUUGCCAAGACGAUUGCCAGUUUACAAACUGGUCAAAGUUUUCUUCCUGUAAUGGGGACUGUGGAGGAGUCAGGACCAGAAAACGCACUCUUGUUGGAAAAAGUAAGAAAAGGGAUAAAUGCAAAAAUUCUCAGCUGUAUCCUCUGAUUGAGAAUCAGUUUUGUCCUUGUGACAAAUACAGUGCUCAGCCCGUGGGAAACUGGUCAGACUGUAUAUUACCAGAGGGUAAAGUGGAAGUAUUACUGGGAAUGAAAGUACAAGGAGACAUUAAAGAAUGUGGACAAGGCUAUCGUUACCAGGCCAUGGCAUGCUAUGAUCAAAACAGUCGGCUUGUGGAAACAUCACGAUGCAACAGUCACGGUUAUAUCGAGGAAGCCUGUAUUAUUCCGUGUCCCUCAGACUGCAAGCUCAGCGAAUGGUCCAACUGGUCUCGCUGCAGUAAAUCAUGUGGGAGUGGGGUAAAGGUUCGAUCUAAAUGGCUCCGUGAAAAACCCUACAAUGGUGGAAGACCCUGUCCCAAGCUAGACCACGUCAAUCAGGCUCAGGUAUACGAGGUAGUGCCAUGCCACAGUGAUUGCAGUCAGUACAUAUGGGUUACUGAGCCUUGGAGCGUCUGCAAAGUGACCAAUGUGGACUUAAAAGAGAAUUGCGGAGAAGGUGUUCAAACCAGAAAAGUCAGGUGCAUGCUAAACACCGUGGAUGGUCCUUCUGACACUGUAGAGGACUAUCUGUGUGAUCCUGAAGAAAUGCCACUUGGUGCUAGAAAAUGCACAUUACCGUGUCCUGAAGAUUGCGUCAUGUCUGAAUGGGGACCAUGGUCUCGAUGUUCUUUGCCAUGCAAUGGAAGUAAUGCCCGUGAAAGGUCGGCAGAGUCUCUGAGACAACCGGAUGACGGAAAGUCUUGUCCUGCUGGCACUGAGACAGAACCCUGCGCCUUGAACAAAAACUGCUACCACUAUGAUUACAACGUGACAGACUGGAGCACAUGUCAGCUAAGUGAGAAGGCUGUCUGUGGUAAUGGUAUUAAAACACGAAUGCUAGAUUGUGUUCGCAGUGAUGGCAAAUCAGUUGACCUGAAGUACUGUGAGGAGCUCGGUUUGGAGAAGACAUGGCAAAUGAAUACAUCGUGCGUGGUGGAAUGUCCUGUAAACUGUCAGCUCUCUGACUGGUCCCCUUGGUCUGAGUGCUCUCAAACAUGUGGCCUCACAGGAAAAAUGAUCAGAAGAAGAACUGUGAAUCAGCCGUUUCAGGGUGACGGGAGGCCUUGUCCUUCUCAGAUGGAGCAGUUCAAACCCUGUCCAGUAAAACCUUGUUAUCGAUGGCAAUAUGGCCAGUGGUCUGAGUGCAAAGUAGAGGAUGCUCAGUGUGGAGAGGGGACACGAGUGAGGAACAUUUCCUGCGUGGUUUUUGAUGGAUCCGUUGAAGAUGUUGGCAAAGUAGUAGAUGAAGAAUUCUGUGGUGAAGUAGAGCCUAUUAUAGAUGGUAGUAAGAAGAUGGUACUUGAGGAAACCUGCACUGUCCCUUGUCCAGGGGACUGUUACUUGAAAGAGUGGUCAGAAUGGAGCCUUUGCCAGUUAACCUGCGUUAAUGGUGAGGACCUUGGCUUUGGAGGGGUGCAAGUCCGAUCUCGGGCAGUGAUCAUUCAAGAAUUAGAGAAUCAACAUCUCUGUCCAGAACAGGCUUUGGAAACACGACCAUGCAGUGAUGGCCAGUGUUACGAGUACAAGUGGAUGGCUAGCCCGUGGAAGGGGUCUUCUCGAACGGUGUGGUGCCAAAGGUCAGAUGGUUUAAAUGUCACAGGGGGCUGUUUAGUGAUGCGCCAACCAGAUGCUGACAGGUCAUGUAACCCACCGUGCAGUCAACCCCACGCUUACUGUAGCGAGACUAGGACAUGCAGUUGUGAAGAUGGAUACACUGAAGUCAUGUCCUCUGAUGGCACACUCGAACAGUGCACACUCAUCCCGGUGGUGGUGAUCCCCACCAUGGAGGACAAAAAGGGAGAUGUGAAAACCAGUCGAGCUGUGAACCCCACCCAGCCCACCAGUAACCAGUCAGGACGAGGAAGGACCUGGUUUCUGCAGCCUUUUGGGCCAGAUGGGAGGCUGAAGACCUGGGUUUAUGGUGUAGCUGCUGGUGCAUUUGUUUUACUCAUCUUUAUUGUUUCUAUGAUCUAUCUAGCCUGCAAAAAGCCAAAGAAGCCCCAGCGAAGGCAGAACAACCGACUGAAACCUUUAACCUUGGCUUAUGAUGGAGAUGCGGAUAUGUAAAAUAGACCUUCCCAUGGCGACAAAUGGAAUCUGAAUUAUUGGAUCAAAAUCAGAAGGUAUCCAAAGCCACAGGGAUUUGCUAUGGAGUGGAUUAAGUGUUUUGACUUUUUUCUUUUUUGUAACUGCACCAUAGAUAAAGGAUGGAUUUCAUAAUGCCUACGGAUAUUCAAGGUAUUAUUGCUUUACUUUAGACCAUCAACACUGAGAAUUCUGGCAGAAUCACUUUAAUAGACACUGCAGUUGGAGAUAUUUGUGGUCUUUCCUCGAUCUUACAAAACUGUAAGCACCACUUCUGUCUCCAGAACACUGUAGCUGACAUAGUUUUGAAAGCCCCUGCAACAUUAACCAAGUAUAAUCAGUACGCAUGAAGAGUUUGUACCAAGCUGUCUAUGACUCUUUAUACUCAAGCAUAACAUAUAUACUCAGUUGAACCAUAUGUAUUACUCUGUCAGACUAUAUACCUGUUAAAGAGCAUUUUAGUGCUUAGCAAAAUAUUAACUUUUAACUGAGAUUAACCCACAGAGCAAGUUCAACAGUUUGGCAAUUGAUAACUCGUGUUCACCUGCAUUUCAGAGGGCAAUGACUCACUUGCAAAAUUCUGUCCUGUUAUCACUCCAAAGUAUAAAUGCCUCAGCUGUACAUCAAGAAGGGAGGCAUUCUCAGAUUCAGUAUUUUCUAGCGGUUACUGUCUGGAAAAAUGAUACCCGUUGUAAAUUUUACAAUAUGUUUCUACUUUCUCUAACUCAAACUGUUGCCUGCAUCUUUUUUGCUACAUGUAAGGCAAAUUUUUGCACUAUAUUAGUGCAGCAUGAUAUGCACUUAACUAGUAUUGCCAUAGAAACUGCCUCUUUUCAGAAAGGAUGAUAAUGUGUCUUGUGCAAGGAGUGUCAAGGAGACAGGUCUUAAAUCCUGAAGAGAGUAGAGUUCAGUGUGGACUGCACCUGGAUGGGAUCGGCUAACGACGUAUACCGUAUACACUGUUUCUCAUCGCCGCGGCCAUUUGUAGUCUAUAUCGUGGCAGUAAUACAAAUGUCUAGUUUCUUGCCCCAUCUACCUAUACAAAUAUAGAUUGUCCUGCUGGUUUCUAAUUGUACUUUGAAGGCUGUUUAUGGCUAGAUUUUUUAUAUUUGUUAACUUUGUUAAAAAAGAAAAAAGAAAAAGAAAAGUGGUUGCCCUCUAAUCAUGAGUGACAUACUUAUUUAUCUGAAAAGGUAUUCUGAUUGUUUGUUCAACUGAAAGAAAAGUUUUUUUGCUAUUUUUAUUUCACUAGUGAAAGCAUUUUCAGUGUUGCUGACAGUGCAAGACUCAGAGCCCUUUUGUCUUUUCUAGGUAAGAUAAUGGGAUAGACUACUAAUUGUUCUGCUAAACUCUUAAGCGUACUGGCAAGUAAAGAAUAAGAUCAGUACUUCUGCCAUUUUAAUAGUCAUAACUUUUUUAAAACUCUGGCAGUAUAAAAGCUCGCUGUUGACCUCUUCCGUGCUUAUGGCUCGUUGGUGUUAUGCUUCCAACAUGAAGCACAUCAACUUGCCAUUGUGUAUCUACAUGCCUGUUAUGAAUGGGAUUCAUGGCCUGAGAAGAGUUGUUCUCACAAAACGACUUCUGCAUAUAAGUGACGGUGCCACUACUAAGCAAUACAAUUACAGAACUUUUAUCAGGCAACCUCUCAAAGAUAAUUGUUGUGUAAAGUUCACUAUUAGGUUCUCAGGUCUUUUUUAUAACCUAAACCAUUUCUGCCUAUUCAUCACAAUAUUUACUAAAGAAGCACCAGUUUUUGCACAUUAAAGAAAACUGUAGCUUUUGCAAGCUUUGGCCCACUGUAACCGAUGUAAUCCAUGUAAGCCACUGUAAUCAAAGACAAGACUCUCGUCGACAUCAGUGGGUUACAUCAGUCCUUAAAAAUACCUAACCUUGUUCCGUAUAAAAUAAUUCUUAGAAUCAAUGCGCAUUUUGCGCAAUGUUAAGAGAGAUUAUGGUCCUAGUUUAGCCUAGCUAAUUUAUAUUACCAGUGUGGUGUUACAGCACAAAGAAAAUGAUCUUCCUUCCUUGCAGAGGUAUUCACCUGAGCUGGAAUGAUAAGCAAAGGAAAAAAUAGUAAGAAGCUAUUGUACAGGUUACAUUUCUUACUUUAUAUCUUGAUUCUGCGACCGCUGGUGAAGUGCCACGGCCACCUAGUGCAGCAGUGGUUUAUUCACAUAUGUGUGCAGCAGGACUGAGGGCUUCAGUCUGGCAUCGCUCUGUAAAGAUCCAGAGAAAAAAACAAAUAUUCAAAGUUCUUGAAUAAGAAACAACAAAAAUCUAGUUGAUUCCUAUUUAAUCAGACAUAAAAAAUUAAGGUUGGAAAAGUUUAAAGUUUUUACAAGUUAUAUAUAUCACGUGGAAAUCAUGAUUCCUCUACUUUAAAAAGUGUGAUUUGGGUUGUCGAGUAGUGUUGGACCAAUAUCAUUUGAGGGAACAGAGUUUCUUUUGUUGAUAACAAAUCAUCAUUAUUUAUUAUACUGGCAGGUCUUGGACGCUCUUGUCUAGUUCUUGCCUUGAAGGUUAUUAUGCCCUAAAUGUCAGAAUUUAGCAACUUGAGAGUUAUUAAAGUAUGCCAUCUCCUGUUUCUCACUGUUUAAAAAUGACAAAUGAAGAAAAGGAAAAAGUUUAAAGAAAGUUUGGCCUUUGCAAUCCUUGCCAGUGUUUUAAUAUGUAUUACAUUUUAUAGCUGGUCAGUGAAUUGUGGAGGUGCACAUCUGCAUCAUACUCCUGCUGCAUCUAAAAUCUGUUCAAUCUGUCUUUAUUUUUAAAAAUAAAGUGCACAGAAAUUUGAAGCCAGAAUGGCUUCUUUCUUUAUCAAGAAAAGCUUACUAGGCUAUAAGGAGGGAUGACGUAGUAUGUAAAGCUAAAAGUUGCAAAAGCGAUUAAGCCUUUUAGCAUUGAAACAGUAAUAAGUAAUAGGGUAAGUAUCAGUAUAGAAUGAAAAGUAUUUGCUUUAAAAAUCAGAGUGCUUCUUCAAAUCCAGUGCCUAAAGCAGCCACUACUGUAGAUUGUUAGUUUGUGAAAGUAAUGUUUCCAGUGAUCAAAUAAACCAUGCAGAAAAUAGCAGAGUAGGCAUUUUCCUGUUGAUGUGGUGGUUUGUAAUUUCCUUUUUAAAUCUGUAGUUUUUAGAUGACUGUGUCUGCUUUGAGUCCUGGAGCAGUUCCUUUUCAAAGGUUUGGUGCUCCUGCACAAGCUUAUUUAUAUUUGGUAUAAAGCACCAAUUUUGAAACUCCCUUCCUCCUGCCAAAAUGUAAAGUCCAUUUUCCAAUAUUACAAUCUGAAGAGACCAGUUUAAAAAUUCUGUGUAUAAAUCACUGUAAGAUAUACCUUGAAUGAAAUGGAAAUCUGUCUUUUUACCUAAAUGUAAAUUGUGCUCACCCAAAGUUAAGAGUUUAUUUUGCCUAACUUAAUUUACUUGAAUAUUUAUUUUGUAGAACAAAGAGGCAGCUGUCUGAGGAAUGUUUACCUUUUUUUUGUUAAUGUUAAUUUGUAAAUUGUGUAAUGCAUUUUUAUUUUUUAAAUUAUGUAUAUUUCUUUUUUUAAUGCACAAAAUGUUUACGUACAACUACUGCAAAUUAGUGUAUAUUGUCACUAAGCUUUAUUCAGUUAAUACAGAUGACGUGAAAAUGUAACAAGUCUUACAUUUUCAUAUGGGUUAUUUUUACAUAACUGAUGUAUUGCUGACAAUAAAUAUAAACAAAAAAUCA